AUGAAGCUCCUCCCAGUCUUCACCGCGAGCCAGAUUGUCAGCGGAUGUGUUGCGGCUACACUUCCUUUGACGCGACGUUGUGCAUCUCAUGUCUCCCACCCUAGUGCUCCACUGCUCGCUGCUCAGUACAGUAGCACUUUCGAUGUCGACGUUACUUUUGCCAACCAAACCUUCAAGCUCCUUGUCGACACUGGCAGCAGUGACACAUAUGUCGUGCGAACUGGCUUCCAAUGCAUCAACGCGACGACCAAUCUUGAAAUCCCCGAAGCCGACUGUCUGUACAGUCCGCAGACAUACCACCAAUCCAGCACCUAUCGCCAGAUCCCCAACGAGACCUUCGGGGUCCAGUACGGCAAUGGCAUUGCCAGUGGUGUCAUGGCAUACGAGGAUCUCACCUUGGCCGGCAUCACCGUUAAGGGGCAAGCCGUGGGGAUCGCCGAUCACAGCAACCCGAUGGGCGACGGGGUCAACAGCGGAGUGCUGGGUCUCGCCUACCCAUCCCUCACCUCUGCCCACCCGGGGAAUGACACCGACAAUACGACCUUCUUCUACAACCGGGCAGUGUAUAGCCCUGUCUUCAACACCAUCCCAAAUUUCUCCAUCGUGCCCGUGGAGAUCCUAGACAACAUCCCGACCGAAUUCACAUCCGGCCAACGCACCCGAUCGUACUGGGCUUUUAGUGUCUCGGCCGUCACCUACGGCGAAACCGGUGCGCAGGAUCUCACCACAAAUGCGACGUCGUUCCAGGCGUUCACGGACACCGGAAACGAACUCAGCUUCCUGCCUGCAGCGGUGGUGGAGCCGAUCAAUGCUCUGUUUGCCCCGCCGGCGGUGUAUGAUGAUGCGUCGGGGGUGUAUGUGGUGGACUGUGAUGCGGAAGCGCCCACUUUUGGAGUCACCAUCGGGGAUCAGACGUUCUAUCAUGAGGGACGAGAUCUUAUCUAUCAGACGGGGGAUGGGGUCUGUGUGUCGGCGCUGGCGGCAUCGGAGAGCGUGGCGUAUGAAGGCAUUGUGCUGAACAUCCUGGGGGCGUCGUUUCUGAAGAAUGUGGUCUCGGUGUAUGAUUUUGGGAAGAAUGAGCUGCGAUUUGCGCAGAGGUUGGGAUUGUGA